CCCGGCGCGCCGGAAGCGGUGCUAGUGGGAAGUGGUCCGCUCUCUCCCUCAGUUCGCUCUGUGCUCGGGCUCGCCGCGGCCUGUCUCAGGAGUGUCAUGUAACAUCUUACAGUUACGUGCAAAAAGAAAAUGGCUUCAAGAGGAACAACGGAGACCAGUAAACUAAAACAAAACUUGGAAGAGCAGUUGGAUAGAUUAAUGCAACAGCUUCAAGAUCUGGAGGAAUGCAGAGAGGAGCUAGAUGCAGAUGAGUAUGAAGAGACCAAAAAAGAAACUCUAGAACAGCUGAGUGAGAUCAAUGACUCACUGAAGAAGAUUAUGUCUGGAGAUAUGACUUUGGUGGACGAGCUCAGCGGGAUGCAACUGGCAAUACAAGCAGCCAUCAGUCAAGCGUUUAAAACUCCAGAAGUAAUUAGAAUGUUUGCAAAGAAGCAACCAAGGCAAUUGAGGACAAGGCUGGCAGAGAUGGACCGAGACUUAAUAGUUGGGAAGUUGGGACGCGACCUGUACACACAGCAGAAAGUGGAAAUCCUGACUGCCCUCAGAAAGCUUGGUGAGAAGCUCACUGCAGAUGAUGAGAUGUUCUUGUCAGCAAAUGCAGGUACAGUCCUGAGCCAGUUUGAGAGAGUCUCCACUGACCUUGGAUCAGGAGACAAAGUCUUUGCUCUAGCAAGUUUUGAAGUAGAAAAGGCAAAACAAUGAAGAGUUUGCUGCUUGAUAAUGUUUAGGAUCAUGUUUUCAACAUGCCUCCAAAAAUGGGUCGGUAAUAAUCUCAGAUGUACUGAAAACCAUCAGGCAGAACCACCUGCACAUCCUGUGGACAGAAGUGUUGAUGUCUAGGUAAAUAGCUUUUCUUUUGAUUGUCCAGUUAAUAUCCCUGUAAGGUGGAGAUAGAAAUUAAGUUCUGUAAUGUUGUCGUAAAAGAGUGUGUUUUGCAACUUUGUAAAUACCAAAUUUAAUCUGGGAACACUUCUGGUUUUGAAUAAAAUAUGCAGCCGAGAAGGUUUCUUACCAUACAAGCUAAAUCUGGAUUAACAAAAAAAAGAUUGUCGUAGCCUUUUUUACAUUAAAGGGCCUUUUUGUUCAUCCCUCAAAAAUAUCUCUGCAUAUCUCCUCGCU